AUGGAUCCCUCUGUCUCUCCGAGAGUUCCGACGCCGGACACCAGCCACGUCGGCCUGCAGAAGGCCUUCCCUGACGUUUACGAGGCUGCAGAAGAUUCCUUUCUCUUCCUGGAUGCUCUCGCUGAGGACAUUCGGUUUCUCCUUCGUCGACGCCCCGCUCUCGUCUUGGAAAUGGGGUCCGGGAGUGGCUGCGUGAUCUCUUUCCUCCGUAAAUUAUUUCUUCUCCGCGUCGCCUCAUCCAAAGGCCUGCCAGGCGAAACGCCAACGGGAGGGCAGACAGGCCCAGAGAGAAACGCCCGCUGCUCAGGACACCCCGACACCGCACACGAUUCUUCACACUCGACAUCUUCUUGUUCUUCCUCUUGUUCUCCAUCUCCAUCUUCUUCCUGUUCUUUCUUUGUUCCGCGUUUCCUCGCAGUCGACUGCAAUCUGUCGGCAACUGCGGCGACCCUGGAGACUGCGCGCCGGGCCGAGAGGAACGAACGGAGAGAGCGCGAAGGCGGAGAAAGGCCGAGCGAGGGCGGCGAGGCGCCGAACCGCGGAGCGAUCGGAAGUGCCUCAGCGUCACAGGAAGAAAACGAGAACUGCCGGGGUGCUAUAGACGUUCUCGCUGGCGAUCUGUUUGGAGGUUUCCGGUCGCAGAGCAGGCGCGAACCGCCGUGGUCUCCGUCUUCCGCGUGCUCGCCUUCUCUGGGUGAAGCUCAGAAACCAGGCAGGACAGUGGGAAUCUUCGACGUCAUUCUCUUCAACCCACCGUACGUCCCCGGAAGUCCACGCGGGCGACCGCCGAGCCCCGCCGACUGGGCCUGGUGGGGCGGCGAAGAUGGCCGUGAAGUGAUAGAUCGGUUUCUUCCACAAGCUAUCGCCUACCUGUCGCCCUCUGGAGUCCUUUACCUCCUGCUGGAGAAGAGGAACAAAGUGGACGAGGUCGUGGCGCACAUCGAGGCUCAGGGCUUCGCGGCGGAGGUACGAUUUCCGUGGGAAGGGGUGUUCGUAGAACCCUCGUAG